AUGGCCUCCCUCACGCGCUCCACCAGGAGGGCGAACACUGAAGGGCAUCUUCACCAUCCUCCAGCCGUCCCCGUUCAGCAGCAGCAGCAGGCCUUUGCCGCCGCGAAUCCGAACACUGUGACGCGCGCCCACCCCCAAAACAUCUCCGCCUACCACCACACACAGCUGCCUGGUCGCACCAAGCGCUCCCUCGAAAAGGCAGAUCUCGUCGAUUUUGACAACCCAAAAACGAAGCGACCGCGUUCGAGUAUCGAGAUCCUGAUUAAACCAGCUCCCCAGAGCGUCAAAUCCGCUGUUGCGAACGCGACUGUUGUCCCCAGCGUCGCCCCAACUCCGCAACCGACCACGACCACGACCACCCCCCUACCGAAGCCGACCCCGAAACAACCCGCUCAACACGUCGCGACAGUGCAUCCCCUGAACGACGCCCCAGCUAUCGCGACCGAUAAUGCGCCUCAGUUGACGAAACACCAAGAAAAGGUCAUCAGCGGUAUUAAACAUGAGCUGGAUCGUUUGCAGCCCCGCGAAGGCGAUACCCACACAAAGGAGGGGGGCCGCAAACUGCGCUCCCAAGAAGCCACCCGUUUCAAGAGCGAUCUGUCAGCCUAUUUCCCCGAGUAUGACGAGGUCAUCGGGAACGACCCCAAAGAACAACACUUGUUGAACGUCGACACCCCAAUAGUCAUUUUUGACUCGAACCCCACACGUCUUCAGCCGGCACCGUGGCUUCCCUUUACCAGUGCGGAACCCAGUGCGCCAAACGACUCGUCCACGACCUCCCACAAAGUGCCCAUCCGUGGCUACGGCGACGCACUGUUCACCGACCUUGUGGAUGCCCAACGAAUCGACUUUGACUUCCUUGGAAUUUCUCACAAGAGAGAACCUGUCGAGGACCCCCUUCCCGAUGCCUCUUUCGUGCCCUCGCACAAGAGGGCUGAAAGGACGGAGAGGUCCAUCCGCAACACGGAACGCGGUCGGGCUCAACAUGAGAAGGAUCAGAUCGCUCGUUUACUGGGUGGUCUGCAGGGUCAUGACUGGCUGCGAGUCAUGGGUGUCAGUGGCAUAACAGAAAGUCGAAAGAAGCAGUAUGAGCCGGCGCGGCAGCACUUCAUCAAAGGCUGUCAGGCCAUUCUCGAAAGGUUUCGACAAUGGAGCCUGGAGGAGAAGCGUCGCAAGGCCGAAAAAGAUCGUGCUCUGGCGGAAAAAGCCGAGGCCGAGGAAACGAGCGAGGACGAUUCUUCAGCGGCUGCGAGUGACGAGGACGUCGACGAUGACGACGAUGAGGCUGGUGAUAUCAGCGACGGUGAUCCCCCGGGCCAUUCUGAUGAUGAGUCCGCUACCAACCAGCUUCACGAUGAAGCGUCAGCAAGGUCAAAAGGAGCAAAGAACAGUAAGAAGCGCCCAAGGGCGGCAGCACAGCCUCGGCCACCCCCGAAGCCGGAACCGCCAAGGGAAUUCAAGUCGUUCUUCAAGAAGAGGUACGAGCGAGACGCGGCCCUACACCGGCAUAGGCGGGCGGGCCGUAAAGUGGUGGCAUGGGGACUUCCGAUACCAGAGAUACCCGAGAUCGAUUUCGAUCUCCCCGAAGAAUUUCGUGAUGAGGAGACGUUGAAGAUGCAGGCGCGAAAGAGGCGCCGCGACCGCCGAGGCAGACACUGA